AUGGCUUUGGUGUCUCAUCACACAUCAACAGGAAGUAUAGUUGGUGCAGGUCUAGCACCAUCAAUGUAUGCCGGACCUUCAGCUGCAGGUGUGGGAGCUACUUCCACUUUAACCAAAGACUCUCGACAUAGUGCUUCCAUCAGUGGCAAGAAUGUGUCCGCCAAGCUUAUUCAACAUCCUCAUCACAGUGCACCGCAGCCUUCUGUGAUACCAAACAAUCAAGCAAUCCUUAGAGCCGUUCAACCGUUUUAUCGGUCAACAAAUGUAGAACAACAAGAAACACAACCUGAUCGUCCAAUUGGUUAUGGAGCUUUUGGCGUUGUUUGGUCAGUAACAGACCCACGAAGUGGUCGACGUGUAGCACUGAAGAAAAUGCCAAAUGUGUUUCAAAAUCUUGCAUCUUGUAAACGUGUUUUCCGUGAAAUUCGCAUGCUGUCCAGUUUCAAACAUGAUAAUGUAAGUUUAUUCAUUUUCAUUGAAAAUUGCAUCUUCAGAUAUGUCAUAACAGAAUUGAUGCAAAGUGAUUUACAUAAAAUUAUUGUAUCACCUCAACCACUCACUACUGAUCAUGUGAAAGUAUUUGUUUAUCAAAUUUUAAGAGGAUUAAAAUACUUGCAUUCUGCAAACAUUUUACAUCGAGAUAUUAAACCAGGCAACUUAUUGGUCAACAGUAAUUGCAUUCUAAAAAUAUGUGAUUUUGGAUUAGCAAGAACGUGGGAUCCUAGUGAAGAAUCAGCUAUGACUCAUGAAGUGGUGACGCAGUAUUAUCGUUCGCCAGAAUUAUUAAUGGGUGCGCGUACAUAUACUGGAGCCGUUGAUGUGUGGUCAGUUGGUUGCAUAUUCGCAGAAUUGCUAGGAAGACGGAUAUUAUUUCAGGCUCACGGGCCUGUUGAGCAGCUUAAUAUGAUCAUUGAUCUGUUGGGUACACCUGGUAAGGAAGAAAUGAAAACUGCUUGCAAAGGAGCUCGUAAACAUGUAUUAUCAUUACCACAUCGACAGGCCAAUCCGCAAAAAAUUCUGCAGCUAACACAAGGAAACGAGGAUGCUACUGAUUUACUCACUUCGCUUGUAACUUUUGAUCCGGAUAAACGUAUCUCAGUUGAAGGAGCAUUAAGGCAUCAGUAUCUGGAUGAAGGUCGCAUGCGUUUUCAUUCAUGCAUGUGCUCAUGUUGUUAUACUGCUUCUAACGUGCGAUUCUUCUCACCAGUAUUAGAUCCUGUUCAUGAGCACCCAUUCGAUCCCAGAUGGGAAACUGAACUUUCACAAAUGUCAAUAUUUGAUCUUCGAGAUCGUAUGUAUAAAUUUAUUAUGGAACUUACACCACCAUACGGUAUAGCUCUCGGCAUCAAUCCCCAUUCCAUUUCAUACAGAAAUUUUACCAGGUAG